AAAUUGAAAGGUGAGAGAUAUAGACUGAGCGUAAUAGUCCAGGAGCUGGAUCGGGCAACCGCGGUGGACUAUCAAACUGCCUUGGUAGCGUUCAUCAAUUGUCUGAUCAUAUCGACUUCCAGGCUGAACGACAGGACUAGAUUGAGGAAUGAAUUCAUAGGUAAGACUCUAGCGUACCUUCUUAACAACAACAGGAAAUGUGCAGAGGCGGAACCAGAAUUAGCUGUACAAUUGGACGUAUUCGACGAGCAACGAGAAAGUGACGAUACGCAAAACCUUCAAGGACCUCAUGGAGUAGAUCUCAACUCACCUUUAGAUGUAUUUUACGCAAUACUCAAACAGGUAGCGGAAACUCCCCAAGAAAUCCCCUUCCUCAGUAUUCUUCAACAUCUCCUUAGAAUCGACCCGAAGGAAGCUAUUAUACGGAUGUCUGUUGCGUUUCUUGUAGGUCCAGCGUUACCUCCUCCUCCUCCACCACCUCCAAACAUCCCAGCACCUCCAUGCAUACCUCCGACGAUUCCCACUCCUCCACCCCCUCAACAAAAAAUAAGAUCACCCCACCCACCUCAAAGUGAAACUGAAACUGUGAUAGAGAAAUUACCCCAACAAGAAAUACCUGUACCUAGAAGCAAAAUGAAAACUAUCAAUUGGAAUAAAAUUCCCAAUAACAAGGUUAUUGGUAAAAAUAACAUUUGGACCCAAGUGGCUUUUACUCACCAGAAUUCUCCGAUGGCGGAUAUGGACUGGUCUGAAAUGGAAGGUCUUUUUUGUCAACAGGCUCCUGCUUCGGCCAAUUCUUCGCCAAAGUUAGGUAAUAGGGACCCUUCGAAUAAUUCUGAUAAACGAGUGAGAAAAGAUAACUCCGAGAUCACCCUUUUAGAUGGUAAAAGAAGUUUGAACAUCAACAUAUUCCUGAAACAAUUCAGGAGCUCAAAUGAAGCUAUCAUUCACUUGAUUCGAGAAGGAGAACAUGACGAUAUAGGAGCAGAAAAACUAAAAGGUCUUCUGAAACUUCUACCGGAAGUGGAUGAAUUAGACAUGCUAAAGUCUUUCAAUGGUGAUUUCGAUAAACUGGGCAACGCUGAAAAGUUUUUGAUCCAACUCACAAACAUACCAAAUUAUAAGUUACGAAUUGAAAGCAUGUUACUCAAAGAGGAGUUUGCCGCCAAUAUGGGUUACUUAGCACCCAGCAUAAACUCUAUGAUAGUUGCAGCUCAAGACCUGAUGACAAAUAAACCAUUACAAGAGGUUUUGUACAUGAUAGUUAUUGCUGGGAAUUUUUUGAACUCGGGUGGUUAUGCUGGUAAUGCAGCUGGGGUAAAGUUGUCUUCCCUGCAGAAAAUUACGGAUAUUAGAGCUAAUAAACCAAAUAUGAAUCUCGUACACUUCGUUGCUUUGCAAGCUGAGAAGAAAAACAAGCAUUUACUUUCAUUCACUGACAACAUAGGAGUAUUAGAAGACGCUGCUAAAACAACCGUUGAACAACUCCAUAACGAAAUCAACGCAUUAGAUGUAAGGAUAAAGAAAGUGAGAAAACAGAUCGAACUCCCCACAACUGAGUUAGAGAUCAAAACGCAAAUGACAGAUUUUCUGCAAAUGGCGGCAAGAGAGGUUGCAAGUCUUCAAAGGAACUUAGGCGAACUAGAACACGUUCGACGGGAGCUGUCUGAUUUCUUCUGCGAAGACAUCAACUCUUUCAAACUAGAAGAAUGUUUUAGGAUAUUUCACGGGUUCUACUGCAAAUUCAAACAAGCUGUAUCUGAAAACGAGAGAAGAAGAUUACAAGAAGAACAAGCAAAUGAGCGGAGAAGGCAAAGAGAAGAACUGUUGGCGACGAAACGAAAACAAAUGGGUAGUAUGGCUGGAUCGCCGGACUCCGAUUCGUUCAGCAUUGAUAUGCAAAUUUACGAUACCAGAUCAUGUUAUCCGAUGAAAAAGGGGAGAAAAACCGGAAACGGUAGCGGAAUAUCGGAGGAUGAAGCAUCUUUCAUGGGUUCACCAACUUUCUCCAGGCACAGACUUGGUUCUUUCAACGGAAAUGGGGCGGAUACGAUCACCAGCGGAAAAGAAGAGAAAUCACCAGAUAUAACACCCAACGGCAGUCUGCGCAGGCGCCGAAGUCGGGUGCUUUCUGAAGACGACGAGGGAAAUCUAAUGGACUUCCUGAGGGCUUCGGAUAACAAUAGAGAAAGGAAGUCGUGGGGUAGUUUGGAUCGUUCUUGGGCAAGAAAAGCUCGCGGAAGUGGCUCUCGAAAACGCCCCGCCUUACUUUCCGCCGAUUUUUCUUCGGAAAGAGAAAGACCCUCCUCACCAUCUCCUUUAACAGAGAACAAGCCCAUCGUAUCGGCACCUGAAGAAGAAACAAAACCCAAAGAGUGGAGGCAGAAAAUCGAGUCAUGGCUACAAGCUAAUGAAAGCGAUAACGCAAGCGAAGAACAAAGAAGGCAAGCCAGAAAAGUUACCAACAGGAGGUCGUUCGAAUUGGAUUCAGAGAGUGAACGUAGUAGUACUUUAGAUACACUGCCAGAAGGAAAACAGGUACACAGCGGUGGUCAAUUGAAUCACAGGAAAACAUACACAUCUUGGAAUCCGUCCAGUACUAUCGAAAGUACCGAUGUCGUCAGUGCCAUGGAAGCAGUUGAGGACAUCCAGCCCAUAAAGGACAAAUCUGCUUGGCGCAAAUCCAACUUAAACGUAUCCAACACCUCGGAAGAGACCAAAGAGGACAACUACCUUGGCCGUCACUCUCGGGCUCAUCAGUCUGAGAACGUAUUGCAUUCGAUAGAUGAAGAUAAAACUCUCGACCGAAAAGGAUUAAUAAGCUCUUUGGGCGAACGAAUGCCAACCGACAGACUGACACUGUACAUUCGGAAACCAACAGACAUCAGUGAUAACGGCCCCAGUUCUUCGAGGCGCACGAGGGAUUCAACGCAAAGCUUAGAAUACAGCAGCACAAAUAAUAAAUCUGAAAUAGAUCAAGAUAACAUAGAGACUCCUCCGGCGACGAGAAAAAUAUUCAUUUCUUCUCCUGUCGAUAAAAGAGAACCUUUGAUGCCAAGUCUCUGUAGUCGGAGGAUUGGUAGGACCAACAGCAACAAAGAAUCGCCCGCGCAGAGUCCAGAAGAGCCCGAAGAGAACUCCAUUCUUGGAGAUGGGCAGUUUGAUAGGUAUUCUGCUGCUAGACGAACCCGGAGAUAUAAAAGAAGUCAAGAGAGUAGCGAAGUUGUUUCUCCAACAGAAUCGCUACUUGCUGAAACAAUAGUUGUCAAAUCUCCAACGCAGUUGGAAUUAUCUCAACCCAUCAAUAUUGAAAAUGAGAUCGACAAAGAAACUAGAUUGAAGGCGUGGCAAGAGAAGCUCAAGGUCCAACAUGACCAUGAGGUAAAGAGUGGAAGGAGGUACAGAAAUCAAACAGGAAUCAAACCCAGCGAUGUGGAAAAGGCUUUGAACUUGAGGAAAGGAAAUUCGAACAUAUCUUCUACUUAUAUUACGCCAGAACCGACAAAGGCGACAUCUAACAAAAUCGACAUUCCCUCACGCAAAACCAAAGAGCAUGACAAUGAUGAAGGAUUUGAGGAAACUCAGAGCCUCAUGUCUGAAUCUCCGAGUCAAGGAGCUUCAUCCGGUGGAAAUUGCGAGACCGAUAUCAUAGACAGCCCGCAAAUAGUGAUCGCAAACUCAACCAAUCCCAAACCAACUAGACUGUCAUCAGUGGAAAACAAAGGAACUAUGAAUUCUAUCAUACCAGAAUUACGAAAAUCAUCCAGAAAUACGAGAAUACACUCCGCCCCAAAUGGCAAAUCCACAAAAAUGGUAGAACGUAUCCCUUCUCUCAAAAAACUGAAUCAAGAAGCCCCAGCAACUAGAAAAAGCGUCAUCCCGAGAAGAUCUGAUAGUAUUAAAAAAUCCGACUCCAAAACUAGCAUUACUUCGAUAAAGCCAAACAGCAUUCAAAAGUCCAAUUCUAGAAACUCUAUUGUUAGCUCCCGGAGUUCUUUGAACAGCGCUACCUCAACUAGCACGGUCAAAAAGUUACCAUUGAGGCCCAAUACCAGCAGCAAUCUGGCCAGACCAAUUCAGAGGACGCCUAGUAACAAAUCUGUUGCUUCAGCUGGUAGGAAUAACUUGAAGCGAACUAAUUCUAGUAGUAGCAGUAUCAGCAAUAGGCCGCCACGGCCUCAAGCCUUAAGCUUUAUGAAGCCAACUGCUGCUAGUUCCACCAAGAGCACUCAACCUUCAACAACGAGUAGAAUAAGUUCAUUCAAAUCAAAGAACUAACCAUAAUGCAAAAUAUUAUAUAGUGUCGUACUGUGUGCAACAGACUCAUUUUGAAGUGUAUUUCCGUUGCGGAAUAGAUUCUACAUGUUGUAUGAAAUGUUUUGAAAUGGUCACAGAAUAUCUUAAAAUUCGAUAUGCAAGGUAAAACAAUAAACUUCUAAGGUUGUGACACUGAAAAACAAAUUCUUCUGUAUAUAGAGGACUGAAAAUACUCAAUCCCAAUUCAUUCAAAUUUUGCGAAUCUCACAUUUUCAUAUGCCCAAUUAGAUACUCAAAUCCGGCUGUUUAAAAAAAAAUCAUGAGGGAAUCAAUAUUAGAAACUUCAAGAUGUCCAUGUUUUCCUAUCAAUUCAAUUCAACUUAACCCAAUAUGUGUUAUAGUAAAAAAGUUCUACUUAGGUACUUACCCUGUUGAUAAUACUGAAAUUAUCUCAAUGGAGUUUAAAUGUAUGAUAGUAGUCAUUUGCUAGUUGUGUUUUCAUUCAUGGUUUCUGAAAAUACUUUCCAGUUAUAAUUGUUUCAUCUAAGAAUUAGGGAAUAUCAUCCUAGGAGAUAAAAUCCUAACCUCCUAGAUCUCAUGUCAUCUAGUAAUCUUUUGUAUCCCCAGUUUUCGAUCAAAUUCCAUCUUCCUCAUCUUCCUUUCCCUAUACUUCAACCCACAUGAGCUCUCCAGAACAAAAAUGUUAAUGUCUUUAUAUGCAACUAGACAUCAUUUCAUUUUAUUGUUCCUGUUGUUAUUUACUAUCAUCAGGCUGAAUUACACUUCAGUGUUUCCAAUUUUUGCAACUUUAUUUUAAUUUUGAAACAAACAUACUUCUACAGUGAAUCCAAACGUUUAAGGGUCAUGUUGUUUAUGAAUAACAAGAAGUUUCUAAAUGAUAUAGGGUGGAAAACUCAUUUUCAAAAUGCCACUCUGUAUAUAUUUCAUAUGCGAACAAAGAUCAUCAACUUAAUAACAUGGUAUAGAAUUAGCUCCAACUGGUUUUCCAUUUUUUUUAAACAUUGAACUUGAAAUAUUCCUAAUUAUUGAAUCUUUCAAAAAAGUUAGGUCGUUGAGUGAUGUGAAAGUGGAAAAAAGUUAAUUCCAAGAUCAAAGACGAAAAAGUCAAAAAAACAAGUGCAUCGAAUAUUUGUCUUUGUACAUAAUAGAAGGACCUAAUACAUAAUAAGAUACCCACAGUGAAUUAUCAGUGCAGCUGACAAACUUAUACAUGCAGUUAUUCAUUCUGCAAAUGUUUUUGUUGUGUAGCAAAGAUUAAGAUUUUCACAGUGCACUAAACUGAAGGAGUCAGAAAUAGGAGACUAAAUGUAACUUCCUUGAAAGCAUUUGGUGUACCUACUGCAUUUGAAUCAUGCAUUUUGAUAUAUUCGAGGUUGAAUUACUUCAAAAUUUCACUUUUUCUUUCAUGAAACUCGUUCAAGGUUUUGAAAGCUAUACUUUUCACAUUGAAAAACAUUCAAAAUUAUCGUUUUCUUUGGAAUGUAUCAAGAAGUCUAAAAUUCGUUAUUUCUUAAACUCCAUCAAUCUCAACCCCAAACCAUAUGAUGCGAAACCUCUUUUUGAGUUUAGUGUUAUAGUAUUUCUGGUUAUUGGGUUUGGAGUUUGAAAAUAUAGAAUUAUGAGAUUUUAUAAUAAAUUUCAAUCAACCAGGUUGCAAUGUAAUAUUACCUCGUAUUCGGCAAAGGUGCACCAAAAACUUUUGAGAAAAAUACCAUACCCAAUUUCUUGGGAGUUACUGAAAGGUGAACAAAAAUUCUUGGGCCAUGACGAAGAUGUAGAAAAAAAUCUAGCAAUAAUAUAGUUUUGAAAAUCAAGUGUCCUUGUACGUACCCUACAAAUCAUUAAGGCGUUUCAGGUUCAGUAAAGUAAUUUUUAAGAUAUUAUUGAUUCCUGGAGUCACUGAGUUUUCGUUUUUCCAUUCACUUUUUCAAUUAUUGAACUAUGGAAAUACUUGAAAAUUAGAUGCUCAAAAUGAAUCUCUCUAGAUACCAAUAUUUGGAUAAUUCUUUGACUCGUAAGUAUACUUUAUAUUUUCAAACCUAAGUGCCAUUCCACAUGAUAUUUCGAAGCCAUUAAACAAUGGCUGUCAGAAUGAAUUUCAGAUUUUAGGUAUUAAUAACGAAAUUUUCCAACAUACAUUAUUUCGUUUACUAGUCAAAAAGUGCUUUUUUAUUAUUAUUUAAAUGUAGUACUUAUAAAUAAAUUGAAUAACUUUCUCA